AUGAAGGCGUUCUUUGCGUGGCAGGAGCGUGAUUUGCUGCGUGGCUUGCAGGGAAGCAGUGAGGGUAGAGCAGACCUUGAGGAGAGAUGGCAGAGGAUGAAGGACCGUAUUUGUGUGGUUGGACCGCUCCCUCGCUACGUUUUUGAUGAGGACCAUUACUCAGGGCGCUGUAGCGCAAUUAAAACUGCGCUGUUCAACACGUCUGACAUAUGCUGGGAGCACUGCGCAAGGCUUUUGUUUGGCAAGGUUGAGUGGGGCGAGGACGGGACUGCGGACAAGCUGAUCAAGGUGCUGCGUGUGGUGAGGGAUGCGUCGGUGGUGGUGAGGCCCAAUGCGGGGAAUGGAGAGGACGCGGAAAGCUGCAGGAAUUUUCCCGUUUCAGUUGAGGUCAAAAAGAACAUUGCGGAGGCGGGUGCUAAUGAAGAACUUUAG